ACGCGUAUCUAGACUGGGGUCCGGUGCUUAGCGCUGCAUGUGAUACUUCGUAAAAUAUGAAUCGCUUUAAAGUGUGUUUACAGCUGCUGAUCCGUGCGAAGUGCUUGCAUGUUUGCAUCCCUUUCUGGUCGAUGUUGCGUACUGUUUGCGUGAUUGUGAACACGAUUUGCCGUACAAGGACGAAAGGUCCAAAUAUCGGGGGAAUGGCACUGGAGUAGUGUUCGGAGACUGAGGCAGGCACACUACGUGAGGGGUAUCCGGACUCGAUUAUACCAUAAAUUGCAUCGUGAAGUCGGUUUUCACUGGUGUUGUGAAAGACGCGCCCACGCAAGCGAAGUUGCCGACUAGUGCUAGUGAGAACAGCUGUGAUGUUGCACCGCGUGUCCCUCAUGGUGUUCCAAGGUGUAAACGUGGUGGUGCUGGCAGCUACAGUGCUGUGGCCCGCAAGCAAUGCACUCUACGCUCCUUUGCAACGAUACACCGUCUAGCAGGCAGAAUAACAGCCAGAUAGCCGUAUUGGGAACCAACCAGACAAGCUGGAGCUUUAAUAAGAAGCCUUCCGCACUGACAGCUCUAAAGCCUGAACUUUGCCAGUGGGAGCCUCCUGCUGCCUGGCGACCUCUUGGACACAUUGCCACCUCAAAGCCGGUAGUCGUGUGCCUUCGGAAAGAGACUCCCGUAGAACAGCACAGCGCCGCACAGUCUUGUCAUGUACGAGCCACUACGAAGAGACCAGCUGUUGAACACCUAAGGAAAGCUGACACUCCGGAGUGCGCAGCCACAUCCAGGUCAGCAGUGCAUGCUUCGUUGCCGUCUCCUGGAACUACAAGUGACAGUGCAUCACAAGUGACAAAUCUAGAAGCACCGUUAACGCUUCCAUCAAAAAAUACUGCCGUCAAAAGGGGUGCCCCCCCGACCGUCGUCAGAGUAAAAAUUCUCUCCCCAAAAUGCUCGUCAACAGCCAGGGGCAACAGCGCGAAAAGAUGCGAGUCAUCUCUAGCAGAAUGUGAAACUGCAAACACCGUAUCGGGCAUAGGGAAAAAUGUGGCGCUAAAAAGGACGCCUACAAAAUCGGAAGCGUAUCUCGAAUCGAAUCAGAAAGCGGUUAAAAUAGUGUCUAGGCUACCAGAGAGUUCGAAUGUAAAGCCUGCGUUGCAGCAAGUGGCGAAAGGUCUGGGGUGCUCCGGGAAACUGUCGGCCACUCCGCAACUUGGCCGGGUGCCGAGGAAGGUGCAAAGGAAGUUGUCCUUUGAGGAAGCAAGAGGCUCCAAAGAGAAAGCAAAGGAACAAGCCCUGUCCCACAAAAGGCAAGGCUCGCCUCAAACCCCGCUGAAGACCACAGCAGCAAAGCGACCGAAGUGUGCAGCUAAGUUACAGUUGCUGCCUGACAGUCUGGAAUCAAAGCUGGGAACUGUGUGGAGGCAAGUGAAUUUACUGAAGGAGGAAGUGAAAUCAAGGACACCAUCCAAGAGGGAACCUGGGAAAGUGUUAGCACCAAAGGUAUCAAAGGAUCCUCCACCGCGCCCGCAGAGGGCCGGGCGGAAGAGGUCCUUGGAACUUGUGGAGGACGUUCCAGAUGUUGGAUCAAAGAAGUCUGACAGCAGCAUGCAGGUUCCGCAGCGGCGUGUGUCAGUGGACAGCUCCGUCGAUGACUGUCCCAUGCCCCUUCUGGAGCCACUCGUGGAAGAAAAGGAUGUGACCGCAAAGAAAGACGAACCAAAUUCUCCCGAGAUGCCCAUGCUCCUUCCAGUUAUUGUCAAAUCUGAAGUGGUUGCCCAGCCAAAAAGAGUCAGAACGAGACAAAGCGAACGAAUCCGUGAGUCUGGACGCCUCGAAGGUAAUGCUAUUGUGGACACCAUCGAUGGCGUAGACUUCUACAGCUUCUCGUGCGAAGAAGAUCUGGAAGAGUUCUCCAGGGAGUUCGAAGAGGCGUCUAGCAUGGAAGAGUGUCCGUGGAGUCAGUCACUUACUGCUGAUGAUCCAGAAUUGCUCAACAGUGAAAUUGUAGACAGCCAAGUCUUGCUUCCGAGGAAGACAAACGAUAUAACAAAAAUUAAGGGGUGGAGAAAGAAGACUUUUGGGGCAGACACGCCCAUAUCUACUCCCGUCAAGCAGGAAGAAGUGGCCGUAAACAUGACGGAGAUGUCUAAGGGUGUUCGGUCAGCGUUUGUGAGUGACUCGUUGAAUGACUUUUUAGAGAACAGGGCCGCACUUAGAGUAGUGCACUUAGCGAAGUUGAAUCCCAACAUCACUCCUCCACCUGAGGGAGCAGGUGUUCUGUCGCUACGACCUCCUUUCUUUCGAGAUGCGCUCGAAGAAAAAGAAACAGAGUCCAAGAGGCAGACGAGAGCAGCAGCCGCCGUGGGGCGUUACUCCAUGCGCAAACCAUCGACAACGCCACACAUCACAGAGCGUAGGAGUGAAUCUCCAGCUACUCCUGUAGCCAAACCUUCUGGAACUCCACAGGUGCAUCGACCUACACGCAAGCCAGGCCGGACUCCAAAAUUGAGUGUCUCUCCUCCCGAAGUCAAAAUAAAGUCCGAACCUGUCGAAGAGGAGGACACACCAUUUUUAGCGAUGACGAGUCGAAACCUACGACCAAGUACGUUGAAGCUAACCCCAGAGUCAGUUGCCAAGCAGAGUUCGCAGAGUUCAACACCAAGUCCCGUGAAAACAGCCGCAGUACACACUUCCACGGCUUCUCCAAAGCUGAGCCCGAAUCCCAAAGUGACAGCGAAGCCAUACGGCUCCGAGUCUGACUACGAGAUCAUACGUGAUUCAUUUGUGACGGACGCUCAGGAAGCCCUGCUCAAAAUGCUUCUGGCGUGGGGCCGGCAAAAUGAGAUCACACGCAGGGGUAACAACGCCGAAAGAGAACCGGCAUUCAUUUGUCCACAGCUUGAUCAUCUAGAUGCGGUGUUUGCCUCAGAAGCAUUGCUCGCAUACGAAGUGUACUCGGGCAGAGCAAAUUCCGCAUCGAGGCAGGCAAAAGGGAAAUCUCCUGCAAGGGAGACGACGCCUGUGAAAACGUUGCCAGCAACAAAGGCAGCCGUGACUGGUGCAGCAUCAGUGGUGAAGGGAUCUCCCACUGUAGCCACGUCGACAGCGACUUCACCAGUGACUUCAAUGAGUGCGACGUCGCCUAUUGCUUCGGGCAGCAUCCAGAACACAACACGGAGUCGACGUCCGAUUCGCCUGCCUGCAAGGUUUCAAGACUCUGCACUACUGCUGCCUUCUGCUGGAGACCUGUGGGACCUGUCACCACAGAGGUCUUCUGGGCUUAGGCAGCGAUCCAAAACCAUCGUUGACAAUACGAGGAAUACUCCUACACACGUCACGACAGCGAGCCUAAUGACGACAGUUUCAACGCCAACAAUGCACAGUACAGUUGCUCAAACACGCCCAUCGACUGCGGCACACCCACGGCUGUCGAAUCCUCACUCCGUCCCAGUGUGUCCGAGCCCCGUGUCCCUGUCUUCCAGCUCGUCUGCCUCUUCGUCCUCUUCGGAAUCUUCCUGCGACGGGAACUCUCCUCCACAAAGCGAUGCUGACGAAGAACAGGAUGACUCAAAAGGAUCUGCGGGUCUUCCGACAAAGUUGAAGAUGGAAGAAACAGCAAUGAUGUCGUGUGUCGCGCAGGAACUGAACAGUGCAGAAAAGGAGGAUCACGAGGACAACUCAAAUGAAAUCGACAUUGAGACAGUAUCUGACUUGACUGACAGCACACCAACACUGGUUUCUGAUGAUGAUGGCAAUAGCCAGGAUAAAAAGUGCAGCACAACUGGACUCAACAGCAUAAUGGACCUCGAUCUGGAUGCUUUGGAGAAUUCAGAGUCCAUGGAAUGUAAAGCCUCUCGGGAGCGGAUACGUCGCCGGGUGAUGCUCUCACUCUUUAUAAACCUGCAGAACACGGUAUUUGCUUCACCAAGUGCCAAGCCCAGAGUUGCUGUCUUACCAAAAGUCGCUAUUCUCACUCAGGCGGUGAAAUACCUGAAUGGCCUGAAGGCCCUUUCAUUACACCUGGAUGGAGAGAAAAGACGACUCCGUCAACGUCACUCUCAGCUGGAGGCUCAGCUCAGCACAGCAAAGAGUGGAGGAUUUGUAAAGCUGGAACCAGGUCCCGCACCCAGAGCGAUGCCACUGGCAGUGACUUCCGUGUGCGACGUCCACUCGCCUAACCUCAGGCCACUUUCUGAUGUAGCAACAGAGGUACUUCUUGCAACCCAACGCAAAAAGUUGGGUCAGGAUGAGCAAGUUGCAGGAAAUGCCUCAGGAAAUGCUUCAGGAAACGCCUCAGGAGCUUCUACGCCAAAAAAGAAGAAGGCCAAAGUCAAGCAUGGUGUUGCUGCGAAUGGGAAAAAGAAGCUUGGUCAUGUUUCUGUCACUACCAAGAAACCUGGUACACUUGCGCCCAUAAAGCCGACAGGUCAAGAUGAAGUCAGUCAACCCGGAGCGUCGUACACUUUGGAUGGGCGCAACAUUGGCAGUCUGCGACCCACUGCGCCUGUGACAAGUCCAAGUCCAGGUUGCGCAUCGACCACGACCGUUACGCCCGCACCCACGACACCGGGCAGCCCGCAGAAGUACACGCUGUACCCUGCCCGUGGGACGAUGUUGGGUGACCUGUCGAAAGUGGCUGCUGUGGCACAGCAUCUCAUUGGCCCCUGUGUCAUAAAGAGAGUGAAAUUGCGUACAGGCCAGACUGUGUUGAUCUACAGAAAAUCCCCCACGGGAGAAGAAGGAGAGCCGGGAGAAAAUGACAAGGCCGGGAUAGUGUUGGUACCGGAGGAACAUGCUAAGAUUCCGUCGACAUCUGAGGAGAGCAUUAAAAGUGCCACAAGCACGCCCGAAAGUCAAGCUGAGCCUCCACAAGCCCGUCCGAAGAAGCUGCACGAGAGCACGAGGGAGAAAAGUGUCCCGCAGGACUCCGGAAAGGUGCCGCCAGCAACGCCGGGUGCUGCCAAGCUUGUUCCAACUCACAGGCCUUCCACUAACACGUGUGAUGUGGUCAAGACAAACCCUGAGAGACAGAAAAGCGAAAAAGCAACGAAAGACACGCCGAAGCGAGGCGUCACAGCUACGCGCAGUAGGAAGAUUCUCGCCAGGAAAACGAUGGGAGAAGUUGUGCAGGUCACGAAUGUCAUGAGUGCUCAGGCAUGUGCAAAGGGGCUAGUGGGUCCUUCUAGGACUUCCAGCAGUGCUCCUGUGCCUAAACCGUUCUUUCGAACCUCCACAGCACCGACACCGUGCCCGAAACCUCCGUCAGCAUUGCAGAGCGGCAGGAGGCCCGUGCCAGUGCAGAUGACUGUGGCGAAGGACGACCCAUUUCUUCCAGGCAAUAUGUGGGGUAUCGCGAGGACGAUGCCGGUGAAACGUCCAGCGUCGCCGAUUAGCAUGGAGAGCACUUCAAGGCGUGAACCAAGCUCUGGGACACCCAGUGAGGAACGUGAAAAGGAAGCAGAUCUGAAGAAAGGUGCCGACGGCGACGAAGAACUGGGGGACAUGUCAGAGUGGGUCUCUGGUGACGGAGAGAUGUGCAUUAUACGCAAGCUUCCUGUUGACCCCGAUGAGGAAAGUGACGAGGACAGUGAAAGUGAUGAGGAAGGAGACGAGAGCCAGCAUGGCUUGGAUAGCGACAAAACGGUUGAGCUGGUGACAAAGUUGUCGUAGCAGGUGCUGUGUCAGUGAGUGGUACUCUUUUAGCUCACAAGUGCUAGGCUGAACGUGAAAAAAGCUCAAGGAUACUCUUCAAGGCUUGUGUCAGUGUGUGUGCAACUUUUGUGAUGCUGUGUUUUUAACAGCCACCUUUUCAUUCUUCUCGGAAAAAUUUUUGGGGCCUUCAUAAUUUCUUAAAUCGGGCACGAGUAUAGAGUGUGCAACGUGAACUACACACACAUGUGUGCAUAUUCUAGGCAUGUGCAAGAGCUCGAAUUGCAGUGGCAAUUUGGUUGCAAUUUAAAUAUGGUAUUGCUGCACAUAUUGAGCCGAGGCAGUGGUAGACAGAAAAAAAGUAAUUUAAGCACCUACAUGGAAAUUGAUAGUUUCUGGGGCAUUACCUGGGAUUUAUUAAAUGUAUGCACAUGCCAAAAUAUGUUGCUACAUACAUGUUCUCAUUUACAGGCAAUCAAAAAGCCUGUAAAGCUCUGCUUGGGUAAGUGAACUUGAGUGUAAUUUGGAGUGAUACCUGUUGUUGAGCAAGCUUGGUAUUUGGGGGAUGAUCUGUAAUGCUGUUAUAAAAUGGAGGCAUUGUAAAGUAUUGUAAUAUAGCAGAUGUAACAUAAAGAAAUUUUUAUGAACUGGAA